AGCGCAUGCGCUGGAUCACGUGAUAGCCUAUUGAAAGCGCGCGAGGAAAGAGACGCCCAUUUUGAUGACGGUAUUACAGUACAAUGUUGGAAACAAAUUUUCUACAAUGAAAUGUGUGAAUACCUACGCAGUAAAUUCCUUUAUAUAGAUUGCAACAUAAACGAAAAAGCGGAAAGGCAUUACAACAGUUUUUCGUGUUCUCUGAAAGUUCAAUCGAAGUUGUCUGCUCAAUGAGAAUGAUGAAUAUAGUUUUGAGUUUCAACUUUCUCUUCUCCACCUUAAUCAGUGUCUGUGUGACGGCAAGACUGACGGACGAUCAACUUGCACAGAUACUGAGUGAUAAAUUAUCAACUGGUCCUUUGCGAGACAGUAGAGAGUAUCCAUCUAUAGAUGAUCUCACCGAAUUCGACAGACGUCUUGUCGCUCUAGAGAAAAUUGAUGAAGUUGCUGAUAGGUUGCUGGAUGACGAAUUACAAACGGAUGAAGACUUUGCUGAUGGGCCGUUCCAGAAAUUCGACUCAAAUCGCAUGGUCCAAAACAGCGAAGACAGUGGUGAAGCUGUGAGUGAACCGGAAAGAUAUCUUUUUGAUGUCACUGACAUACACAAAGAUGAUGCAUUCAACGAGCAACACAAGAUCAAAUCAUCUUUAAAAGUCUGCAUUGAAUAUUCUUUUACCCAACAGGAAUUCGAAAAGUGUCUGAGAAGGCAUAAAGAAAACAAAUUCAGUACAAUAAAUGGAUUGAAAGAAAAACGAGUCGGUUUUAGUACAUGUGGAACAUAUGGAAACCGCUGUAAGACAAAAGAAGGAGAGAAAGAGACUGGAGAAGAAAAAGGAAAUCCUUUGUGUGGACGUUUUGGAUGCCGCGGAAAGAGCUUUGAGAAAGAGAUUGGAGAAGAAAAAAGAAAUCCUUUCUGUGGACGGUUUGGAUGCCGCGGAAAGAGAUUUGAGAAAGAGAUUGGAGAAGAAAAAAGAAAUCCUUUCUGUGGACGUUUUGGAUGUCGCGGAAAGAGAUUUGAAAAAGAGAUUGGAGAAGAAAAAAGAAAUCCUUUCUGUGGACGUUUUGGAUGCCGCGGAAAGAGAUUUGAAAAAGAGAUUGGAGAAGAAAAAAGAAAUCCUUUCUGUGGACGUUUUGGAUGCCGCGGAAAGAGAUUUGAAAAAGAGAUUGUAGAAGAGAAAAGAAAUCCUUUCUGUGGACGUUUUGGAUGCCGCGGAAAGAGAUUUGAAAAAGAGAUUGGAGAAGAAAAAAGAAAUCCUUUCUGUGGACGUUUUGGAUGCCGCGGAAAGAGAUUUGAAAAAGAGAUUGGAGAAGAAAAAAGAAAUCCUUUCUGUGGACGUUUUGGAUGCCGCGGAAAGAGAUUUGAAAAAGAGAUUAGAGAAGAAAAAAGAAAUCCUUUCUGUGGACGUUUUGGAUGCCGCGGAAAGAGAUUUGAGAAAGAGAUUGGAGAAGAAAAAAGAAAUAUUUUUUUUAACAAAAACUACCCCAGACCCACAUCCAAACCAAAACAACGCCGCAAGACAAAACAGAAAAGUAAAGAAAAAAAAAAUCCUUUCUGUAGUCAUUAUGGUUGUUAUGGGAAAAGAUUUGCUUUCUUCAAUAGAUAUCCAGGAAAACGGCAACACUCAGUAUUUACAGAUAAGAAAGAUAGAGAAUCAGUUAUCCCAGAUGAGAGGGGGAUUUUACGUAAUCUAGACCAACAUAACGUUUUGUUUCAAACAUCAGAGGGUUUUGAAGCAUCUCAGACUGAUUCUAGUGAUGAUAGUGAAGAAUAUAACACGCAAAAUAAGUUGAAAGAUGUGCAGCUUAAGGAAGAUCUAAGACGUGUCAUAGGGUCAAUGUGUAAUACUUCAAUAAAUGGAUGUCAGUUUAAAAAGGAAGAAGAAAAUUGAAAAGAAAUCGAUGGAUAAAAAUAAGAUAAUAUAUAUUAGUGGCAAAUGUGUUGAAUGAAUAAAACAGUGCUGUUUGUAGCAAAAAAAAACAUUGUUAAUUUAAUUGUAAUAUUUCUUUCUUCUUUAAAGUGUUAUAAAUAUGUUGAUUCCAACCUCUUUUUAAUUGGUAAUGAAAACUUUUUAGAUGCAAUUAAAAACUACCUAAAUUUUCAAAAAAAACGCCCAAUUAUUUGCUUCCGAUACAUUAUGAACGAUAUCUAUAGAAAUGUCCGUGGAUCACGUGGAUAUCCGAUUAUUUUUGCAUGUUUAAAUAUAAAUUUAAGCUUAUUUUCUACUUUUACCUGUGCACUUACCUUUUACAGGUGGAUGGGAAUAAUGUUACUUUGAGUAGUUGACAGAGUAUUGUAGUUAAUGGCUCCAAUUAUCUUCCAUUCAACACAUUCUUAUCUUUAAUAACACACACUAAAUUAAGGCGAUCUUUUGAACAUAGCAUUAAAAGACUUUUGAAUAAGUUUUUAAGUCGCACGUGUAAUUUUGCCGUUACUUUGCUACUUUUACAAUUGGCAAAACACCUUCCAAUAUUCCUUGAUUAACUUCACAACCUUUAUUCACCGCCACACGCUAUUUUGGCACCUUCAAUGAAUUUGCCUGGCUUGGCCUGGUUACACAGUGGAGAAUGGUCAGAUAUUUCAGAAUUUAUGUUUGUUGGGGAUAACAUUAUAUGUACCACCCAUCACGACACCUUUUAUCAAUCCAAGCUUAGGAUUAUAUAUAAUGGAACGGAUAUCAACUAGUUAAGAUAUUGUUGGAUUUUUUUAUUUUCUUUCUUCCUUUUUUAGGCUUUCUAUUUGUUUUGUAUUUUUAUUUUGCUGACCCUUGCUGGAACAUUUAAAGGCUUAUUAUAUUUAUUUUACAUACCCUCACGUUGUUUUUAUAACAUUGGGAGGAAAUUGUCUGUCUAUUUGUCUGUCUGAAAAGACCAGAUGUUAAUCAGACUAUACGAUUUUUUCUUUCAUUUAAAAGUAAAAAAAAAUCUAUAGAUGACUUUCAUUUACUUUGAACUGUUAACAAGGAUUACUACUUAGACAAGUUUAAGUACUUAAGGUGCGUAAGACAUUGUCAAAACUAAUUUGAUCAGGCGAGGCGUGUGCUUUAAUCUUAUCAAUGAAUUCAAAUGCUAACUUAUUACAAAUUGAUAACACAACCCAUUAAGAUAUUUUAUUGAAAUUUUGCACCAAAAAGUUGAUAUAGAAUCAGCAAAGACAUAACGGAAAAAAACAUAUUUGCAGCUUUAGCUACGCGUUAGAAGUACUUUGGUUCAUAGUGUCUGGAAUUUAAAUGUUUAGGGGUUUUUAACUUGUCGAGAUAAAUUUCUACCUGUCAAUACAUGUCUGUGCUUUUAACAGUCAUUUGUUUUCGAUGAUAUCGAAAUUCUAGGUCAAUUUGCAUAUUUUGCUUAUAAAACUGUGAUGUUAUCAAACACUAUCAACAACAUUCGUUUGUAAAGAAACAUUGAUUUCUUAUUAAAAUAAACGUAUUUAAAAUGA